AGCCGGUCAGGACCUUUUUGUCUUCCUACACUACACACCUCUGUAUUUCUGUUGAAGGCCCUGGCUUCCUCGUCUUAUGUCUUUUUAAACUAAAGGCACCUCGAGAGGUUUAGGUGCCAGCUGGCACAGACCGAUCAUGGGGACUUUAUAACAACUUCACUGGCUCUUAAACAUAAUAUGGUACGUGUAUAUUACAGAUGCAGGAUGCGGUGCUGUCCCAGCUCCGUGCUCCACCUGCUGCGCUGUGUGAGGUUACGGUCCAGUGCCAGGCGAGGAAGGAGUAGGCUGCCUCUGUGGAUCAGGGAGAUCUGGGCUUACAUCCGACUGCUUGUGCACUCACUCUGCUUCAGCUCCCUCACCGACUCGGACGUGGUGUUCGACUCGGUCUUUGAACCUGUGUUUUGGACCGUGGAUUAUGUCACCCGCUGGUUUGGCACGGUGUUUGUUUGUCUGGUGGUGAUACUGACGGGCUCCAUCAUGGUGAUUUCCUACGUGGUCCUGCUGCCUCUGGUCCUCUACAAGUACUCCCCUCUGUGGAUCGCUUGGCACCUUUGUUAUGGAAAUUGGAUCAUCGUCAUGAUUUCUUUCCAUUACUAUAAAGCCAUCACUACCCCUCCCGGGUAUCCCCCAACGGAGAAGAAUGACACUCCAUUUGUGUCAGUCUGCAAAAAAUGCAUCAUUCCUAAACCAGCAAGAACGCACCACUGUGGUAUCUGUAACAGGUGCAUUCUGAAAAUGGACCAUCAUUGUCCGUGGCUGAAUAACUGUGUGGGCCAUUUUAACCACCGUUACUUCUUCUCCUUCUGCCUCUCCAUGACCUUGGGCUGUAUUUACUGUAGCAUCAGUGGCAGGAACUUGUUCCUUGAAGCAUACAACGCACUGGAGCACAUUAAACAUUUGGAUAUGGAAAAACCGGGGAUACCAGUAACAGGGAUGGGACUUCUUAUAGGGCUUCUCCCCCCUGGCCAGACCAACUUUCAGACACCAGCAACCCCUUACACCUUGAAGGAUAAGAUGAUUUAUAAGAGCAUCAUCUACAUGUGGGUGCUAACCAGCACAGCGGGAGUGGCCCUGGGAGCUCUGACGUUCUGGCAUGCAGUUCUCAUAUCCAGAGGGGAGACUAGCAUAGAAAGACACACGAACAGCAAAGAAAUGAAGCGAAUGAUGAAACAGGGAAGGGUAUACAGAAGCCCGUUCAACUAUGGCAGGCUGAAUAACUGGAAAAUCUUCCUCGGUGUGGAGAGGACAAGUCACUGGGUGACACGCGUCCUCCUUCCCUCUGGACAUGCCCCGCAUGGUAAUGGGUUGACGUGGGACGCCUUCCCAGCUAGAAAGGACUUGACACCUGUAUGACAGACCCUACCCCCUUACCCUUCUGUGACCAACCCCCUCUGGUCAUUCGAUCUGGUUGACUCGAAGGACUCGUGCACUGGUGUCUUGAUGCAACUGGAGAAAUGGGGUCGUGUCGACCUCCAAUACCUCAAAGACUUGCUGUGGCAUUGCUCGUGGUACGACAGUCUGCAUUUUUCAGUGAGAAGGCAAUGUGUCAUGAAUACUUGGUUCUCUCCGGGUUUUACUCACAAACUGGUAUUACUUGACUAUGAUGGGUGUGAUGUGUUUCAAAGACACGUACUGAACGACAUAUCAAUGGACUGAAGUACCUGUAAAAUAACAUAUAUUUUUUUGAAACAGACUAUCUCUGUUUGAGAAAAAAAAAUCAUUUGACUCAGUACCUCCACCUCCCAAUGUCAUUUACACUGCCACAGUCCAAAGUUAUCAUUUGACUUUAACUGUAGUUAGUUAAUGAGUUAUUUAUCUGUAUUUUGUACCUGUUAAAUUAAUAAAUCUUAUUAAUUUGCUUUAUUUA